AUGGACAGCAUUAUUGAGCAGCAGCGUCAGGCCCACGAAGACAUUGAGCGUCUAGAGCAGGCCAUCGUCGACAUGAUGCUUCAGGACCUGUCGAAGCACCGGUACAAGCUGGUCCGCGAGCAAAAAAUAGACAGUCUUCUGGACCAAAUCCAAACACGCAGCAAGCUCAUACUGGACCUCGACAGGGACGAAUCUGGACUGCGCCACGUAGAAAUGGACAGCAUUGCCGAGCACCAGUUUACAGAAUUCUACUCCCGCCUUGGCGACAUCCGCAGCCACAACCGGCGCAACCCCGAUGUCGCCGUGCACCCGCCCGAAAUUGAGUACACGUUUGUAAGUGAGGAGGACGAGCAUAGGCUGGACACCAUGUUUUCUGGCGAAGAGCGAUUGGGCCGGUAUGUGGAUCUGAACGAGCAACACGAGCUGUAUCUCAACGUAAGGGACGCCCAGCGAUUGUCCUAUUUGGAUUAUUUGGCCCAGUUUACCAAGUUCGAGCUUUACCCUCGCAAGCUCAAGACAUCCCUGCAAUAUACCGCGUAUUUGAACAGUCUGCGGGGAUAUUUUGACGGAUUCUUUGCGCGCGCCAUGCCGCUGUUUGAUUUGCCCAAGACCACAGCAGAGGCCAAGGACAAGUUUGUCGACGCAUGGGCUGCCGGCACGGUCUUAGGCUGGGAGGUGAGCGAUGAUGAUCAUAAGCUCCUGUGCACAGUGUGCAACAAGCAAUUUGAAAAGGAGACCACCUUUAACGCGCACAUGAACAGCCGAAAGCACCAAAAGGCAGCCGCGCGCUCCGAAGACGGAAACGCUAGCAGUGACAAGCAGGAUGCACAGAAACAGGCGAGCGACAAGAAAGCAGAAAAGGAGCGCGAGGCUGCCUGGUCGGAGUCACUGAUUCGCACACACGUCUUGGUGCUUACUGACAAGAUCCGCGACACGCGAUCCAAUGUCGAGCGCAGACAAGCGCUGACCGAGGAGGAGCGCAAGCAGGAAGUGGAUGAGGAGGAGCCGGAGUUUGAAGAGGACAAUGAGGACAAGGACGAGGAGAUCUAUAACCCGUUCAACCUGCCUAUGGGCUGGGACGGCAAGCCUAUUCCCUACUGGCUGUACAAAUUACAUGGAUUGGGCGUUAAAUUCUCCUGCGAGGUUUGCGGCAACGCCAUUUACCGUGGCCGUAAGGCUUACGAGAAGCAUUUCCAGGAGUCGCGCCAUGCAACGAAUAUGAGGCGUCUGGGAAUCCCCAAUACGCGACAGUUCCACGGCGUGGCGGCAAUUGACGAGGCCCAGAACUUGUGGGAGCGCAUCCAGAAGGAGAAGAAGCAGGUUGUGGCAAGCACGGAUACCUUUGAGGAGUACGAGGACAGUGAGGGCAACGUGUUUAACAAAAAAACCUACUUUGAUCUUAAGCGCCAGGGACUGAUUUAA